AUGCUACGGCGCCCCGAUGCUUUGCAGUUUCUCUGUUUUUCGCUUGGGCUGUCGGUAGAGGCGCGCGAGAAACCUCUGUGGCAGAACGGGCAUUACCCCUAUGAGGACCUGAUCUCAGAAACAGUGGCAUACUGCUACACUUCGAUCGUUCAGAAUUCCAGCUGUUGUCUCGACAGCCUUUAUGCUCCCGGUGUUCGGAAGACGGUCGUGCGGCGCGUUGGAGUUGGCUGGUGGUGCGGCAAGUCCUGCUACGACGACAAGAAGGGCUAUCGUGGAGAUGACUUGGUUUGGGUCCCCGAAGGCGCUACUUGUGAAUCCCCGCGGCUGCUCUGGAUUCAUGGGGGUAGCUGGGAGUAUGGGAGCCCUGAUACCUAUUCCUAUGGCCAGCUGGCCUCCAAGCUGGCUGGGCUUUCUGGCGCCGUCGUGAUGGUACCCGACUUUCCCCUUGCGCCUGCCGGGACCUAUCAGGUCGUGCUCGGCGCUUGCCUUGAUGCUCUGCGUUGGCUGGCGGAAGCCCCGUUGGGAGACCUGCACUGCCCGCCGGGAGUGGCGCCACUUCUGGUCGGGGGUGACUCAGCGGGCGGUGGGACGGCACUGUCCCUGACUCUGAAGUUGAAGGAGAGCGGCGGCUGGAGCCCGAAGGGCAUCCGGGAGUCUCGACCGGAGGAGCUUCCUGGAGGUCAGAUCUUGGCAGGCGCUGUGUUCUUCAGUCCGUGGACGAACCUCAAGUGUGACACGCCGGAUUACUAUUAUAAUGCUUUCGCCAAGAUUGUGGACAAGAAGGCCUUCAAAGACCCUGACUCCGGGGUGGCAUAUGUGGGCGAUCUGAUGUUUCGAGGUCAUCCGCAGGAAAACUUGGAUGAGUUCACGGUGAAUGCCAAGAGCUAUGUGGGCGGUGAUGACAGCUUGCUGACAGAUCCCCUGGCCUCCCCUUUCUUUGCAUCAGUGGAUGAGCUUGGAGGUGGAGGCAUUCCGCCGCUUCUGUUUGCAGUUGGCGGCUCUGAGUCCAUCCUUGGUGACAGCAUGAUCCUAGCCCAGAAGGCGGCCUUCUACGGGACCAGCGUUCAUGUGGAUGUCCACGUCGGUAUGUGGCACGACUUUCCUAUGUACUCUGAAGGUUGUGGCAGUGGGGUGCCCUUGUGGCAGGCAGCUCGCGCGCUCAAUCGAACGGCAGCAUUCAUCAAGUAUGUUGCUGCCGCGAAGCAGACUGCGACACGACUGGGCUUGAUCUGGCCACCUACGAAGUCCAUUCCUGGCACGCCGCACACCAGGUAUAUCUAUGACACUACGAGGCCUGGAGCCGCCAGGUGGUUUCCAAAGGAGCUGGUGGAUGAAGCAACAGCCCCGCUAUCUUUCGCCGAUGGGUUCCCCGAGAUGGGGCCGUCUGGCAAGGCACUACUCGUAGCACCUGAUCGUGGGGCAUAUGCCCUGCUUGCCUCCGUCGGGCUUUUUGGAACUCUGAUUUCGCUCUUGGUCUACGGCAUUUGCGCCAGAUUUACAAGUUCGAAAAGAGUGUACAGUGUGUCGCAGCGUGAGAGAAUCGCGCAAGGGGAUGCCGUGGGAGAUGAGCUUUUCAUCAUUCAACACGUCUACUGGCUGCUUUACGAUGAGAGAGUUCUAGAAGAGUCAGAGCCCUUGGCAGGGGUCAGGUUUGUUCAGCGCCUGCAGCCAAGGAAGAGCAUUUUUGUGGUGCGGUUCAUGACAGAUCUUCUUGUGGAUCACAGCCGCUUCACCAACGGAAAAUUCGAGGGUGGAUUUGAUCAAGCUGGAUUUUUAGCAAAGUGCUCUGAAACAGAGCGCCCCUUUCUGAAAGAACUGACCUCGACCCAGAUGUGGGCCAGUUGGAUAAGCCGUCGGUUGUUAUCGGGCGAGGAUUCGAAGGAUAUUGUUCUGUUCGACGAAGUCAUCGCACAAAAACUGAACCGGAAAACGUUCAUGUUCAGCAAGACAGCAACGCCUUUCCUGAGCUUGGACUUCUCCGAAAAAGGAUCGCCAGCUGGGGCAGUCUCUCGCCAAUGUGUUCCGCUGGUUUCAACGAAGGCCACUACCGUGAAGUUCGUGUUCCGGCGGAUGCGAUGUGUUCACAGCUUCCAAGAUGUCUUCAAGUUUCAAGGGCAGUUGCAGAAGAUGAUGCGAGUAGAGACAGUGGAGCAAUGUAUCGCAGAGCUGAGCACAGGCGCCGUCUGGCAGUUGGAUGAGCCAGAACCGGCUCUACAAGCCUCGGCCAAUGGAGGCCAUGCUGCCGCCUCAGAGAGCGACACCGCAGAAAGUGAUAUGUUUUGGCUUUGCGGCAUGUGCAAGGACCACCUGGAGCAUUCCACGCAGGCAGUCAGGAUGCAUCGAGCUGAGGCACCCCUCGUGUGGUACGUGCAGCAUUGCUGGCUGUUGUCUUGGGCAGCUUACCUGCCGGAUCGCGGGUCCGGAACAACAGCGCCUUCAGUGGGCCAAGAUGGAUUUGUGCUGGGUUUGAGCGUCUUGCACAAGAUGACUCCUGGGGAUCCACGAGAUCAGUCAUCGCCACCGCCCCACGACCUCGCUCUCAGCAUGCUGGCUGCAGCAUGUGCUCGAUGUGGAGCAUUGAGGGUGGAUCUGGCCGAGCGGCUCUUCACUUGGAUGAAGGUAAGACGACUGGUCGCAGCUACCCACCCACAGAGCCUGUCUGUGUUUUUUGAAAGAUUCGUGCAGCUUUGUGCGUCGGACAGCCACGAAGGUCCAAAGGGACUCCCCCAGGCAGCGGUCGUGUCCCAAAGUCCAGGUGAAGCUGGGCAACCGCCUGAGACGGGACGGGGCCAGCCAGGAAAUUCGCCGCGGCCUCUUGCCAAUGCUGGACUGCUUCUCUUUCAGGACUUGAAAGCUAGACCUCGCAUGGACUGCGCUCCAAAGCCUACGCUUCCGCGAUUGACCUUCAGCCUGCAGUGCAGGUUUUGUGCAGGCAAGAUCAGUUUGGAAGACGUGGAUGCUCAGUGGGGGCGGCCAGGGGCAGAGGCGUCGAGCAAGUUCCAGUGUCCGCACUGCCGUACCGAGUCUACGCUCAAGCUCCGUGUAGAGACGGGAGCCAGGGACCUGACGGAGAUAGAUCUGCUCCACCCCAAGAGGCUAGGUAUGGCAUUGAGGGAGUUGGAGUCUUUGACAGGUCCUGCAUGGUUGGCGAGACUAGCGCGAGACUAUCCCCACUGGCAUUUGAACCUACUGUGGCAAUUUCGGCGACACGGUUUAUUCGACGAACACAUGCUCACAGCAUUGGAGCCAGACAAGGCAAGCAGCCGUCUCACUAGUGAUGGUACUGUUGUGCGAAGCGACGCUCGUUCCCGGCUGCGUUCCAGCAGUGAUUCCCAGUCCGUGUCAGAGACGCUCCAAUGCCAAGCGGGCACUAUGAACUCAGUUCUGAGUUUGAGCAACCCGAGCCAGGCAGGAACGUUUGAGGUCUGGAGUGAGGGCCAGACUUGGACUCACGAAGGCUCAUCGAGGCGCAACAGCAAAAUGGGAUCGGAGAUGUGUUUGCCAGCCGCUUGGGAGGUUUCCAACCAAGUUGAGCUCCUCACUGUGGAGCGGCUGCGCAUGCAGAUGGAGGACCUCCGAGGGCAGCUGCACCGGAAGUCUCAAGUGUCAGAGGAGCGCGAAGAGGCGGAGUCUGUCGCAAGAAAAGCUUUGGGGCGAGCCUAUGGCAAGGUGCUUGAGGAAACUGUGCUUCCGGAGAUUCUUUGCAGCAAAGCUCGGCAGUCAGAGGUCGCUGGGGUGGCCGCACAACAAGUGCUGGGAAGAGCCUAUGACAAGGUGCUUGAGGGCAUCAAGGCCCUUCCCCACGAGCCUUGCGAACGCCAAGGUACGGUGGUGCUGGAGGAGAAGGUAGUCCUUCGAUGGGUGGCUAAAGAUGCUGUCGCCAGAGCGGUGACCGGUGCUCUUUGCAGGAUGCUCCCAGCCGGUUCGGCAGGCGAGUGCCAAGCGCCUACUCGCCAAGCAGAUGCGAAUGGUUCCCAAAUCAGGGAGCCGCCGCACGCUGACGCCACCAUGCUUUCCGAUAGCAGGGCCACUGGUGAUCCAGGAGGACAGGAGGACGAGAUGCAGAUGACACCGACGAGCCAUCAAGAAGCUUUGGAAGCUUGUCAGAGGGAGUCGGAGCUGGAAAAGAGCACUUGCUGGGGUUCCACAUCCCCUGGAGACCACUCCACGGACGGCACUGGGCACGAGGUUUUGUCUGCAGCAUCGCAGGAACCUGGCAUCCUUCCCAGCGUGGUUCCUCCAGGCUGGGAUGUGAAAAGCACGGACAACGGCGACGGCGGGCCCAAUGACUCAGAGCAGGUGGAGCUUGAGGAUGAUCUCUCAGAGCUUCAGUUCCGUGAGCGAGUGGACCGGAGAACCCGAAUGUGGAAGCUGCGAAAAAUGCGGAGGGCCUGGCGCAUCUGGCGCACAGCGGCCCAGCAUGCCAGCUCCAGGGACGAGGAUGGCGAGGAGGAGAAAGAAAGCGAAGUGGUCGAGGCGGAAGAGGCCCAGGAGGGUUUGGACGCAGGCAACCAGCCGGCCGAAGGACAAAGCCCUGUGGCUGAUAGCUUCGCAGAGGCAGAUGGGCUCGAGACCCAUGAGCCGAAAGAAGCGAAACGGUCUGAGUCGGAGGCUCUUGAACUGGAUGCAGAAGCCGGUGAAUGCAAAGAUACUUUGCAAGACAAGGACUUUGCUCGCAGCUCGUCGAGGGAGCCUGCUGGGCCCAUCGAAACUGGGGCUCCUCAGACAGAGCUUGAGCCGAAGGAGCUGCGGACACCUCGUUUGCCCAGCAAAGGUGAUGACGAGACUCGUGCUGUGGAAGCGCAUCUGAAAGACCUCGAUACAGACAUUUCAGAUGUGGAGCGUCACGACGGGUCAGCUCACGAAGGCAUUCCUCGCAUCCGAAAGCCUUUGGCCCCGCCGUUGGUUCCGUGCAAUGACAUCGACGCGUGGAGUACAAGGCGGCGUGCGCAUCCUCACAGCCAGCAGUCUGCGUUUCUGACCUCAGCUCGAGAUUCAUGUGCACUGCCGGUUCUUGCCUCAAUGCAUACUGACGUUUAG